AUGGGUUCUAUUCAACAGCAUGAGAUCGCAACACUCAACAGCCUCGCGGCUCAAAUCAGCGAGCUAGCUGCUAAGAUGACGAAGCAGCUGGAGGCGGAGAACGUGACACCGAUCACUCUUGAGGCCGACAGUCCAAUCAAGUACGAGAAACUUCCUGGGGAUGUCUUCAUGACCCGACAACUUCUCGAGGAUGCAUUGAAGGACAUGUGGAUUCUCAGCCAAGGACCGAGCGAGAGUGUGUUCAACUACGUGCACAUGGCCGUCCCAGACACGGCGUGCUUGAACAUCCUGAACCAGUUCGACUUCUGGGGUGCAGUGCCGGUCGAUGGCGAGGCAACGCUCAAGGAGAUAGCAAAGCAUACCAAGCUCCCUCUUGAGGUCGUAAGCCGGGUCAUCGAUCAUGCGAUUACGAUGCGUUUCUUCACCAGAGACUCGCCUGCAGCUACCUCAGUCAAACACACUUCGCGAUCUGCCGCACUGGCUAAGGACCCUGGCUUGUCAGCGCUGGUGCAGACAGUGUUGGGUGAAACGGGUCCACCUAUGCUCUUGCUCCCUGAAGCUCUGCGUCGCUUUUCGCAAGGAAAGGCGGAACCGAGUAAAGAUAUUAAAGAGACCGCUUUCAGACUCUGUCACUCUGGCGACUUCAUUGAGAACGAUGGCGAAGGUGAAAAAAAGGGAUGGCGGCAGAGGAACUUUGUCAAGUUCAUGGCGUACAUCAAGGACCUCUUCCACACCGAGAACAUCAUGCUCAAUGCUGUUGAUUGGGAGGCUGCCGGUGAAGCCACAGUUGUUAAUAUCGGCGGUUCAGCAGGCCACGACGACGCCGUCCUCGCAGCCAGAUUCCCCAAGCUCAAAAUCGUCGUCGAAGACCUUCCAGAAGUCGCCCCAGUAUUCGAGAAAGAGUUCCCAUCCGAGCUCAAAUCCCGCGUUUCCUUCCGCACAUACAACAUGUUCGAUCCGCAGCCCGUAGAAGCAGACAUCUACAUCCUCAAGUGGAUUCUCCACGACUGGCCAGACGUCGAGUCAGUAAAGAUACUACAAGCGCUUCGGCCUGCACUCAAACCCGGUGCGCGCGUCAUCUUCAUUGACUACGUUGGCAAGCAGGGACCGAGCGAGGAGGAAUUACCGAGGAGUAUACAGGGCUUUGGUACAGCUACUGAUCUUAGGAUGAUGGCGCUGUUCAAUGCGAAGGAGAGGCCUGUCGAGGCGUGGAAGGAUGUCUUCAAGCGGGCUGAUGAGAGGUUUGAUGUUGUUAGAGUGGAAGCAGACCCGCUGAGCUUCAUGUGCGUGCUUGAAGCGGUGUGGCGGGGCUAG